CCGGGCUGGGGGGUCCCUGUGCCAGAGACCAGGCAUGAAGCGACCCCUGAGCCCAUCCCACCACCCUGAGACGGGGGUGAGGCUGGUGGAGGUGGGCAGCUGCCCACCCAGCCAACCCGAGCAGCGCAUGAAGCGGGAAAAGAAGCACCAAUCGUUCACACUCUGUGAGGUCUGCAACAUCCAGCUCAACUCAGCUGCACAGGCACAGAUCCACUACAAUGGCAAGUCCCACCAGAAGCGCCUCAAGCAGCUCAACAAGGGGAAGAUGCCAGCAGCCCAAGUUUCAUGUUACGCACGGAAUCCUGUAAUUGCCUUUAAUAAACUGAGAGAUGCUCAGUGGCUCUUUGUCUGCAGUAACAUCCAAUACAGGUCCUCAGGUCUCUGCAGGUCCCGAGGACCACCCUACCCCCCCAAAGGAGCACGGAUCGGAUCCACCAUCACCCCCCGGCUAAGGGAGCAAGAAGAUUUUGGGUAG